GAAAGGUUAGUGGACACUAAAUCAAUAUGCCAUUGACACGAGAUCAAAUGGCCGAUGUUAAAUUAAUCAUAAAGCAAACCAUUGAAGAAUUGCUCAGUGAUGAUGAAUUCUUAACGCUUAUUUCUGAUAAAAUCGAACAGAAACUGGGUAUAAAGGAAUCUCAACAAAAAAUGGUCGAGCUAGAAAAACAAAUAGUGGACCUGAGAGCUAAGAAUAAACUAGAGUGUGAUUUGGAAAAAUUUCAACAACAUGCACGUCGGAAAUCUUUUAGAAUAGUUGGCAUGAAGGAAUCACAUGGUGCUUACCUUAUGCGAAGAUAACCUAAAAAUUCGAGUUUUGGAAGAGAAUAUUGAAAAUUGUUUUUGGUUAGGAAGAAAGAAGGACGAACAGCGUUCUGUCUUGUUUACUGUAAAUUCUCAUAACCUGAAAAUGAAGCUUCUGAGAAACAGGAAGUUGCUGAAAGGUUCAGGAACAACUCUUACUGAAGAUAUGUCGGCUGCUCGAUAUAACCUGUAUCAAAAGGCCGUGCAGAAAUGGGGUAAGCAGAAGACCUGGUUUUAUAACGGAGAAAUAUGGGUGAAACAGCGAGAAAACAAGUUACAGAUAAAAACGGAAGAGGACUUGAAUAACAUGGCGCAGUAAUGAUCCCAUGUACUGUCCAGGUUGCUGCAGAGUGGAC